UCGACUCCGAUCCGACUGAUUUAUAAAUACUUCUUACAAAUUAUUUAUCGGGGGUGCUUACGAGUUUACCCAAGAAUUAGUAAUGCAAGCAACUGAAGCUGGAGCUGGAGGUGGAGCUCUCAGCAAUGGAGUUUCUAAGGGUUCUUCUCAGGCGAAUUUUCCGUUGCUGGAACCCUUCGGUAACGAACCUUCUAAGCCCGGAACAAGUGGUUGGCCCUCGGAUCUUUCGCUUCAAAUACCUCCUAGACCGGUAGGAUUUGGUAGCCGUAGUGGAAAGGGUUUACUUCCGUCCCGGGGUUCCGGCAAAGGUAGUUCUUCACCUGGAGGCUUCUUGCGUGGCUUGAGCUUCAAGAAAAAAGGCAACAUAGCUGAUGGCGAGUGUAGCUCUCUCCUCACUCCUGACAGCAAUACCGGUCCCAAAAGUCCGAGUAUGGCCAGUUUUCCAUCCCCCUUUUUUUGGAAAAAGUGUACAUCCCUGCCUGUCACACCAGCAUCGAAAUUGUCCCCUUCGGUUGGCAUGCCGGAUGCAGAAAGGAUGUCUGGCGAACGGAAUAAAUCAAAUAAACAAGCAAUGCCUAGGGUGGUUUCAAGGUCACUUUCAGUGCCCGGGCGAAAUAUCGUUAUAGUAAGAUCAGCAUCUUUCGACACUCGUAAAGAGCAUGUCCCUGCAGAUAAUAGUGAUGAUAUUAAUCCCGUUCCUGCAGAAAGCGAUGAUGAGGAGAUUCCAGAAGAGGAAGCCGUGUGCCGUAUCUGUUUUGAUGAAUGCGACGAGCAGAAUACACUCAAAAUGGAAUGCAGCUGCAAAGGUGCCCUACAACUUGUGCACGAAGCAUGUGCCAUUAAAUGGUUUAGUACGAGAGGAAGCAAAAACUGUGAGGUAUGCGGACAAGAAGUGAGGAACUUACCAGUAACUUUGCUGCGGAUGCCUACUACGGCUCGAAGGGGUAAUAGACAGAACGUUAAUCCACAGAGAUUAUCAUCAGAAACCGUGAGUGCCUGGCAGGAUUUUGUGGUUCUCGUGUUAAUUAGCUCGAUAUGCUAUUUCUUCUUCCUUGAGCAGCUACUGAUUCAGGAAAUGAAGAGACAAGCAAUUAUGAUUGCCGCGCCAUUCGCAUUUACCCUAGGCCUCUUAGCAUCUAUCUUUGCAGUCGUCUUAGCAAUCAAGGAGUAUAUAUGGACGUAUGCAGCUCUCGAAUUUGCACUUGUCGCAUUAGCCGUUCAUCUAUUGUAUGGUGUGGUCCAUAUGAAUGCUGUUUUCGCUAUACUGAUCUCCGGGACGGUGAGUUUAGGGACAGCCAUGGCACUCAAUUCAUUGUAUAUUUACUGUUUUGGUUGGCGAGUUCAGGUAGCUGGAAAUUCAAGCCCAGUGUGAUUCGAUCUAAUGAAUGCAGUGCUGAAUUUUUAUGCUUAUUGCCUAGUAACCGAGGCCUUAAAUGUAGAUAUGCACGUUUGUUGUAUGAUAGAUUUUACUGAUAAAUUUGGUCCUACAAACAUCAC